GCUCAUGAACAAGAAAGAAAGAGAAGAAUAGCAAUGAAAGAAGCUAAUGAAGGAUCGUAUAACAAGAGAAGAAAAUAGCCAUUUUUCUUAUAAAUGGGGGGAGGUGGUCGUUGCUACUCUGAAAGUAUUGUCACUAAAAAAGAAACUACGAUAAAUGAUGACAUUUUUCCUUUUUCUUUUGUUUAUUUUCAUUGUAUACGUAUUAUAUUUAUAUAUUCCCCCUUUUACUUUUUUACCCCUACUACUCUCUCAACUUUCUUCUUCUUCUUUUAUUUAAUAUAUAGACAAGGUUUAUGUCAGGUUAUUGUAGUAGCAAAUUUAUGUGCCAACGUCUAUUUAGAUCGCUUUUUACAAACACUAUUAAACCGAACGUCUAUCGACGGAAACUAUCCAGUUCCAUUUUAGAUCAAACUAAAAAGUCAUCCCUACAACAGCCAUUGACGCCUUCACUCUAUGAAUAUAAUAAGCUUAUAAGAGAGUAUGCAAAGACAUUUAAAAAACGAGAAAAGGGACAAUUAGAGGCAAUAAGUUUACUUGAAGAAAUGAAAGAAAAGGGAGUUCAACCCAAUAGUCAAACUUAUCUUCAGUUAAUCAUGGGUCUCUCUAGACAACGUCAUCGAUCCCAUCAACAAGAUGCACGUUUAGAACGGUGGUUUAAUGAAUUCUUUGCACUUGAAAUUAAAAAUAGACAUCGACCUUUAUUUAAAAUCAAAAAGGCCUUUCAUACCAUGUCCUUCAGGGGGCAUCCAAACAUGAAGGCGUUUUUUUUAAAAUUUUAUAAUUGGGCUGGGGAUGAUGUUGAUGUUCAUUGUUGGCAUUAUGGUAUUGCAGGGUGUUUGAAUGCCAAAAAACUCGCUGAUGCAGAGGAGUUAUUACACUUGUCAAGAGAAAAAAAAAAGGCAGAUAUUCAUAGUUAUCAAAUUCUGAUUGAAUCCUAUUUGCACUUUCGAGAUAUAAAAUCAGCAAGUCGAAUCUUUUCACUCAUCUUGGAAGACAAGUUAGAAGCUACUUAUUAUAUUUAUGCAAAGUUUAUCGAAUUUUAUACGACAGAGCCUGCCAGUCCAGAUAUCUUUAACACGUUAAAUCGAUUAUGGCAAGCGUUAUUGAUAACAAUACCAUCUACAGAUUGGAUACCCAAUGAUACAAUUGAAUUGUUGAUUUCCUAUUAUCAAAGACAUGGACAAUUAGCAUUUGCUGAACAACUUUUUUUAGAUGUUAAAUCUAGGCAGCAAAGAUUAAAUUCAAGUUGCUUGAUAGAGAUGAGUAGAGUCAUUAUUGGAUUUGCAGAUAAAAAACAAUUACGUUCAGCUUUAUCAUUAUGUUAUGACAUGUUAGGGGAAGGCUAUAGAUUAAGUCAUUCAGCCAUUUAUAGAACGAUUAGUGCAUGUAUAAAAGUCAAUGAUCAGGACGCUGUUAAACAAUUACUAAAUAUUAUGGAAGAACAUCAAGAUCCAAACGCAAAAAUAGCUCAAAUGUAUUAUAAUGGAUUAUUGGCUAAAAAUGAAAGUCAAAAAAUAGAAUACAAGUAGUAACAUUUGUAUAUAAUAGAUAAAUAAAUUCAUACCCUCUUUUUUUUUUUCUUUUUUCGUUUUUUUUUCCUUAUAAAAUAUUGAUAAAUAGCUAGAUGAACUUGGUCUUUUUUAUUUUACUAGGUGUACAUGUUAAAUUCGUUAGUAUAAAAAUUAAGCUGUCAACCCAUAAUUCUUUCAUAGAUUUUGAGAAACAAUAAAACAAUUUUGUCAUUCAAUCAAUUAAAUAGCCGCCAA